AUGAGGUCCCAACACAAGUCGCUCGUUCUCCGCAUACCUCUUCCCAGAUGGACAAAUUUCAAUCGACCAAGGCUCCCAAGAUUUCAUCAUCUUUCCAAAUAUCCAGACCCGGGAGAACCUGCCAAAUUCGUAUUCGAUAACCGGUGCAAAUUCAUCACACUCGAUUUGGUUCUUCUUGCGUUGCCUCUGGCUACUACCGCGAGCUUGGUGUACCUUAACGUGCAGUCUGUUUAUUGGGGGGACACACAGGCUAAUGGCACAUGGCAAAAUACCAUGUUGAAUAGCCUUCAAUUUGCGGCCAAGCUUCACGAACUCUGGAUAGGCUCUUCUGUGGCUUACAUGGUAUCCCAUUUCAUUGUAUUUAUGCUCGCUAAGGCAAAAGGUACACCCUUUGGACUACUUGGUGCUGGUCUUCAGAUUGGAGACCUUAGAUUCUUCACCCGCAAGUCAUUUUGGUCAUCCUUAGAGUGUUCUCACGGACGGAAGUUGAGCAUUUAUCUCUUUGCCCUGUUCGUGGUGUUCUGUUCCAUCCUCACAGCUCUUGCUGGACCAUCCUCUGCUAUUGCCAUGCGACCCAACCUCGAUUGGUGGCAAAUGACCAAUAACACGUUGGUAUUUCGCUUCCCAACCAAGUUCGAGUUAUGGCCUAUAAACCUCCUAGAACCACUGGCUCCACCGCUCUCAAUGGUCAAUUGUUCCAAUUACGUAGACUCAUCUGCCAAUUUGUUAUGUCCGGCCAGUGGAGCGCAAGAUAUCAACACUUGGCUGAAUAGUCAAGACUUUAAUGUUCUAAAAGGAAAAGCAGCGAACAUGACUUUUUAUAACGCAUACACAAACACGCGCAAUUUUCUUGCCUCGGCUGGAAUGAAUUCAGGUCAUUCUUACACAACCUCAUUGUCAGUUGUCCCUCAGCUCGCUGUCAAAUGCAAUAUCUAUGCUCAGAGUAAUCUUACAAGUGCUGGUAAAUAUACAGCAGAUACUCCAGUAUUUCCUCUCUUACAUGGAAUAAUGAAGAAUACAUCAACGUUAAAUGAAAAAAUAGGAUAUGCAGUGCCAAAGGACUCCUGGAGUGGCAUCAGGAACCAGCAAGAUUUAGAUCUAACAUGGAUUGGCCUAUACAAAAACUAUAGCGGAACCGCUUCUAUCGGUGGAAUCUUUAUGCUUCCGAUGUCUACACGUGUAUACAAUGGGACGGGCUGGUCUACCGUCCAGGAUACAUUAAUCAUACCGUGCACAUUCGAUGCAAGAUGGUUGCAAACUCAAGUGAAAUAUGAGCCGACAACUAGCGAUAUUAUCAACGAUAAUCUCACUGACUCUGUAGCCUUCUCAGAGCUACGAAGCCUUAUAAACGAUGCACAUCAAGGGCGGACAAAGAAAAAGCGCUCAGAAUUUAGCGAUGUCAUUAACAUUACUCCUAGUUGGGCCGCAUAUACGAACAUAGUGGUUCCAGGAGUUCACUUGACGCAGAACUUAACACAUGAUUUGACUGUAAGCCAUAUAAAUGGGACAAUGUCUCAAACAAAUAGAGUCCAGGCUCCAAUCAUCAAUUUUAACGGUGAUAUGCAUGCCACACCUACUUUUCCCGCGCCCGCACCCGCGCAGAAUCUACCUAAUGCUACCCUUAUUCAAGGUCUACUGAACAGAUUCAUGAUUCUCGGUGCAAAUGGAACACUUUCAUUUAAUCAAUUUCCAAUUGGGGGACCUAGUCCACCCAGGAGUACUGCUGAUAUCCAAGGCUUCAUCUCACUCUAUGCUGGUGUAUUCAUGACAGAUGCUCUUGCGCGUUAUGGCUCCCAGAGCGUCAUAUCUGAUGAUAAUUUCUUGUUUGGCCAUAAUAACACUUUGAGGCGACUAGCCUCAUUGAGGAACGAGCCCGAGCUUCCCAAGGGCUGGCUAGAGUGGAAAUUUGAGAUUUGGCGCAGAGGCUAUAGCUAUGGGAUUCGUGGAAUCACAACGAAAUUAGCAUUAGCACUUCUUUUAACGCAUUGCAUUUCGACGCUGGGGUUCAUGGUCUACAUGUGUUUCGCUGGGUGGAGAACAGUCGCUUGGAAUUUGAUAGGAGAGUUUAUUGCGUUGGCAUUGAAAUCACGCAGUACAGAAACUUUUCGAGGUACAGAGGCGGGGAUCAAUUUAUCAACAACAUGGGCGCAACAUAUGAGGAUAAGGGAGAUUGGCACUGAAGAGCUCGAGAUAAGAUUUGGGGAAGAUGGAUGUGAGGAAGAGAAGGGGGAGUGGUUGGGUGUAGUGAGGGUGGGUAGAAGAUAUGGUUGGCGAAGAGUCUGGAAGAGGGGCUGUGGAACCUCAUCUAUUGAUGAAGAGUAA